AUGCAUAUCCGGCCUAAAAAUAUCAUUAUUAGCCUGGUGCUGGCGAUCCCAAUCUUCCUUCUCUGGGCUACUGUCAGAUACGAUCGCAUUGCCCUCUCUAAUCUUGCUCACUCUUUUGACCAGCUAUCUCGGUCUAGCCUGAAUGUCUCGCCCCUGACGCGUUUCCAGCCUCAGUUUUCUUCAGUCGAGGCCGUCAAUGAGCUGUGCAAAAGGGGGUUGAUGGUCCCUCCCCCCUUAUCAUACUCGGAAUGGCUCCAUCGAAAGAACUUUACCCGGGCCUACAUCCGUCCCAACAUGGUCAGCUCGGAUGCGAAAUUUGCCCCUUUGGAGACCAUUAAACAACCAGUUCUCCCGGAUUUCAUGGCUCUGGAUCGAGGGCUGACGGCACCACCUGAGGAUAAAGGAGAGAGUGCAUUGACAUGCCCUCCAGUCAUUGACGUGGAUGUGGCCGCGGACAGCGAAGUCGACGAUACGGCCGCUAUUCUCUUUGGCCUCGCAACAGAUGUAGACCGGCUGAGGCGCCUUCUCCCGUCACUCCUUUUCUCAUAUGGCUCUUCGAAGGCAAACAUGCUGGUUCUCAUCCCAGAGGGAACUAAAGAUAUCGAUAUUCACGAGACAUACUUCCACAACCGUGGGCUAAACCUGACCCUAAAGACCUCGCCUCUUGAAUUUACGGCUCGCUAUUUUGGCCUGGUCGAAGCAUUCACGGAGCAUAUCGAGAAUAACCUUCCCAAUGUCAAGUGGGUUAGCUUUGUGGACGACGAUACAUUCUUUCCGUCUCUAGCUACCAUCGGCAAGCGUCUUGCAACAAUUGAUGCCACCAAGAGACAUUAUAUCGGUUCCCUCUCCGAGGCAGAUAUUCAAGUUAAAGAGUUCGGUCCUAUUGCCUUUGGAGGUGCUGGGGUAUUUGUGUCGAAGCCACUUCUUGAGACCAUGCAUACGGUAUACCAGAAAUGCCAGGAUCUUGGCACUCAACCCGGAGAUCAGAAGGUAGCACACUGCAUCAAGAAGUUUGGAAAUACGGAUUUGACUCUCUGGGAUUCGCUGUAUCAGAUGGAUAUAAGAGGUGAGCCUGAUGGGCUGUUCGAAUCAGGGCGCCGUUUUGACUCUCUUCACCACUGGCAGAGCUGGUACAACAAGGACGUCGUAAAAAUGAGCACAAUUGCAGCUGUUGCAGGCCGUAACUCCGUUUUACGACGAUGGCGUUUUGACGAGCGGAUUACCGGGAAAGGACAACGAACCUUUUGGGUGCUAACAAAUGGCUACUCGAUGGUCAAAUACACAAUUGAUGCCUCUGCAAACGCUGAAUCUGUCGGAUUCGAUAAAGUUGAAAAGACAUGGGAUGGAGAUGAUAAAGUGUUUGAAAAACGACUUGGACCCCUGCGUCCUAAAGACCAACCUGGAGUCAAAAAGGAACGAUGGAUGCUUGCGGAAGCAACCGUCAUUGGACACAACGUGCACCAGCUGUACUCGAGGGAGCUUGAUGAGACGCAUAGUAUGAUCGAGCUCAUUUGGCUAGGAACACCGGAUGGCGCGGGGACAUCCUAUUAG